AUGCCUAAUACGAACGAUCCGGAGAGGCUUAGGAGCAAGCGUGGAGCAAGGAGAGCGCAAGUCACGAAGCUUACUAACGAUGCUGCUGCGGCACUUCAGGACCACAACACUACAGCGCUGGCUAUUCACGUUCUCCUGGAGAAGCUGAUUCAAUGCAGCAAGGAACUCUAUGCCCUGGAUCGUGAAGUUGAGGAGCACACUCCCGCUGAAGAGUUCGACACGGAUUAUGCAUCUGUGCUACAGUAUGAAGAAAAGAUCACAGAGUAUAUUGCCAAGUUAACUCGGACCUACGAACAGCUUCAAGUAGCGACUUCAUCGGACUCUCCACCAGCGGUACCGACAACGAUCGGGUCCCUAACGGCACCGACUAGCUCUGGCGUCAAGCUACAACGCCUCCAGCUCAUGAAGUUUCGUGGCGAUCUUGCAGAAUGGCAGCCCUUCUGGGAGCAAUACAAGGCAAACAUACACGAAAACAGGAAGCUAAGUAAACGUGACAAGUUUCACUACCUUCGUUCACUGCUUCUGGGACCUGCUGCUGCAGCCCUGUCAGGGCUCCAAACUACUGAGGCGGCCUAUGACGACGCGAUUGCCCUGCUCGCUCAACGUUUCGGAGAUAAAGGAAGGCUCGAGAGGCAAUACUUAGAGAAACUGAGGACGCUCCCACGUGUCAGAUCUUCAAUGGACACGGCGGCUUUGCGGAGGCUCUACGACUACGUACAAACAAAUACCUGUGGACUGCGCUCAUUGGGAGUCCCAACUGUAACUUAUUCGUCAAUCAUGACUGAGAUAUUGCUGGCUGCACUGCCACCCGACUUUCGACUAGAUUAUUACCGUGGACAUGCCCAAGGCGAGACAUCAUCUCCUGCAGCAAACGACCAGUCCCCUGCCUCCGAAGACGAAAACGCGGCCUCUUCAGCCUGUUCGGAAGAGCUGAACAAGCUUCUUGGAUUCUUGAAGAAAGAGGUUGAAAGCAGAGAGAAAAGUGGAUUAUAUGUCCAGCUGGACGACAAGCAGCGCAAACAGCGGGCGACCACUACCAAGGAUCAUGCUGGUACGCCGUCGGCCCUUGCCUUGCACAGCCGGACAACGCCGGGUCUACUGAGCUGCAUCUUCUGUAAUGAAAAAUCUCACACAACGGAGACAUGCAAGGCUGACGUUCCAUUGGAGGAUAAAAAGCAGGCUCUCGCUAAGAACCGACGCUGCUUUCGAUGUACGAAAAGCCACCACAGUUCUAAAGAGUGUCGGUUCAGGGGAAAAUGCUCAAAAUGCGGUGGUCGGCACGUGGACACUAUGUGCGACCCUAACUGGAAGCCCAAACCGAUCGAAGGCGAGCAGGCCACGAACGCUUCGCACACGUUAGAAGCUCCUGGGCUAAUGACAGCGGUCUCCCAUCUGAGCACUGUCCUCCUACAAACAUUUCGCGCAUGGGCAGUGGCGAACUCCAGGUGCCUGUACAUUCGAGGUAUCGUGGACAGUGGAAGUUCCAGGACGUUCAUCCGCGAGGACCUCGCCCAAGAACUUGGUUUGAAGGAGGUGGCACAAGUGGUGAUCGGCAUCCAUACGUUCGCCUCGGGAUCGGACUGCACGCCUAUCAAGCGGAGCGUGGUGGAGGUGACUGUUAGGAGCCAGUACGGUAAUGAAGAGAUUACUCUUGCGGCCAUCGUUGUACCUCUGAUUUGUAAAGACAUCGAAGAAUCACCAGUUGACAGUGAACAUGUGCUGGAACUGGGGGACUGCGGGGAGCAGAUCGCCGACAUUGUUGCUUUUCCUGGCAUCCCUCAAGUCAGUGGCAUCAGUCUGCUAGUCGGAUCUGAUCAAGUGUCAAAACUAAUCUCAGGAGAAAUCCGCUGCUAUGGAAGACAGCAAGAACUGGUUGCGGUAAAGACUAAGUUGGGUUGGACCUUCCAGGGCCCAAGUGCUACGAAGUCUCUCAUCGCACGGCAAGCUGACAGCCUCAUAGUGCUGAGGACAAACGUUAACUGCAUGAUCAUACAAGACGAAGAGAUACGGCGAAUUUGGGAGGUCGAAAACACAGGCAUCAACGAAAACCUCUCACCAACGGCUGCGAGUAAUGAAGUACUGGCAGAGUUUCAGCGUAACAUAAAGAUUGCCAACGGGCGUUAUGAGGUGUGCCUCCCCUGGAAGCACAUCGACGUCCCCUUGCGUGACAAUCGCGAUAUUGCGGAGAAAAGACUGAGGCGGUUGGUAAAUCGGCUGGCACAUGAUGACGAGCUGAUUACGGAGUACGACAAAAAUAUUCGAGCCUAUCUGCUGAGCGGCCAUGCUGAACCAGUGCCUGCAUCUGGGUCGAAGCCAUCCAAACGCGUGUACUACAUGCCCCAUCGUGAGGUCAUCCGACCUCAGUCAACGUCAACGAAAAUGCGGGUCGUCUUUGACGCGUCAUCGCAUUCUGGCUCUUGUACAUCUCUCAACGACCACCUAGAAAAGGGGCCAAAGGUGCAACCAGACUUGUUGGACGUAUUGAUCCGCUUCAGAAUGCACUCAAUUGGAAUUACUGCGGAAAUAGAAAAGGCUUUUCUGCAGAUCAGCGUUGACGAACGCGACAGGGAUGCCUUGCGUUUCUUAUGGUUUGACCAUGUGCCGCAGAGGAAGAACUUAACCCUCAGUACGAAUAUUGUGGAAUGGCGGAUGCAGCGUGUACCUUUCGGCACAUCGGCUAGUCCAUUCCUGCUCGCGGCAACGCUACUGUAUCAUUUCAACUGCGUCACCGGUGGUCUGCAGAAGACGGCUGAGGUCCUGGCCUCAUCAUUCUAUGUUGACGACCUUCUGACCGGAGCAGCGGACGUCGAGUCAGCAAUUAAGCUCUACAGGGAAGCAAAGGACAUCACUGAGAAAGCGAAAAUGCGCCUAUGCAAGUGGGCUUCUAACUGUGCAACUCUUCAAGACGUUUUUGCUCCAGAGGAGGGGGUUGUCCCGAACAGUGACUGCAAGACGACAAAGGUGCUUGGGACGGUGUGGGACAAAAGCGAGGAUACACUUUCGUGUAGUUUAGACUCAAUCCUCAACUACGUCGAUCGCCUCACAGGCACCAAACGCAACGUACUGCAAGCUGCAGCCAGGAUUUACGACCCUCUCGGCUUCCUUAACCCGUUCACCGUGCGAGCAAAAAUGCUGUUCCAGGCUUUGUGGGUUGAGGAGAAUGAGUGGGAUUCACCUAUGUCAGAAGACAAGGAAAAGCUCUGGAACGAAUGGUGCAACGAAAUUCCGGAACUGACAAAGGUCAGCGUGGACCGUUGCUUCCUGCCAAGCGGUCACAGAAAUCCGCAACUACACAUAUUUUGUGACGCAAGUCCCAAGGGCUACGGGGCUGUAGCGUAUCUUCGAGUUGAGAACAAAGACGGAACUGUAACAUCAACAAUUGUCCUCUCUAAAUCUCGAGUAGCCCCCCUUAAAAAGUUGACCCUGCCUCGCCUGGAACUAAUGGCUGCGUUGAUCGGCUCGAGAAUGUUGAACUACCUUAGGCGGACCUGCACAGGAUUGGAUUUUGACUACUUCCUAUGGUCGGACUCAACGAUUGCGCUUUGGUGGAUAAGAAGACCCCGAGUGAAUGGAAGCAGUUCGUGA